AGCCACACGGGCUCGGGAUUUUGAUGUCGGCGGCCGAAGAGUGUGGAAGAGCCGUGCUUUGAGAGGGGGCGGCGGGGGGGGGAGGGAAAAGAACUUCACGGAGCAGGAGAAGGUGAAGAAAAACCGCAGCGUACGGGACUCGAACUCCACUCUUCACAUGCUUAAAACAUGGAGGAGAAAUUCGCCGAGAUCGACGAGCAGAGCCGCUGGUCUCAGUCAUACUUGGAAAUUCGAAAUGAAUCUCAAGACUUCCCGUACAAAGUAGCUAAAUAUCCAGAAAACCAGGUUCGAAACAGAUAUAGAGAUGUCAGUCCUUUUGACCACAGCCGUGUUAAGCUUCAGAAAGCAGACAAUGAUUAUAUCAAUGCAAGCCUCAUUGUCAUGGAAGAAGCUGAGAGAAACUACAUUUUAACCCAGGGUCCACUUCCCAACUCGUGUGGUCAUUUCUGGCAAAUGGUAUGGGAACAAAAAAGCAGAGCGGUAGUGAUGUUGAAUCGUGUCAUUGAAAAGGGAUCGGUAAAAUGUGAAAAGUAUUGGCCAAGCAAGGAAGAUGAAGUGAUCUCAUUUGAAGACACUCAGUUCAGCUUAAGAUUGUUGUCUGAAGAUGUAAAAUCAUACUACACUGUGCGGCAACUGCAAUUACAAAGAAUCUCUACUGGAGAGACCAGAGAGAUCUUACACUUCCAUUAUACUACUUGGCCUGAUUUUGGAGUGCCAGAAUCCCCUGCUUCAUUCCUUAAUUUUCUGUUAAAAGUGAGAGAAUCUGGCUCCUUGAACUCUGAGUGCGGACCUGCCAUAGUUCACUGUAGUGCAGGCAUUGGACGAUCUGGCACCUUUGCAUUAGUAGAUACCUGUCUUCUUUUGAUGGAGAAACGCAAAGAUCCUUCCUCUGUGGACAUCAGACAAGUACUAUUAGAAAUGAGGAAGUAUCGGAUGGGACUUAUACAGACUCCAGACCAGUUGAGAUUUUCAUACAUGGCAGUUAUAGAGGGAGCCAAAUAUAUCAAGGGAGACUCAUCUGUACAGAAAAGAUGGAAAGAGCUUUCCAACGAAGACCAGGAUCCUGUAGCAGACCAUCCAUCUCCACCUCCCCAACCUCCAAAACGCACUCUUCCAAGGUAUAAUGAGAAUAGGGAUCUUGAUUUACCAGGGGAAGAAACAACAGAAGCAGAAAAUAACACCUCCAUGGAAGAAACGUUUGGCAAAGUACAAGAAAACACCGAGAACAAAGCAAAUAACCUUCGAAAACGACAUCGUGAGGAUAGGAUAGCAAGUACAGCGCAGAAGGUGCAUAGAAUGAAACAGAAGCUAAGUGAAACUGAGGUGAAACGAAAAAGGCUAAAGACUGUCUGACUGCUAACUCCACAGAACAGAUGCCACAUUCUGCACCUAUUUUUAUCAGCCGUGGAAAUCAGAAAAAAAAUCCCUAUGAGGACAGUGAGCUCUGCUAUGUAGGAGACCUCACAUGUAACUGUUUACAGCGUAAACUACUAGAUGCAGAAGACAAAACACACAACUGACCCCACGGGACCUUCUGCAGAGGGAGUGGAUUUCAUGUAUUGUCACAUGUUUUAUAAUGCUUAUACUCUGUUGCAAAAAAAAAUAAAGCUUUGUACUUUAGUCAUUUCAUUGUGUUGUAUUUUUAUACCUUUGAGUGGCAUUAAAUGUUCUGAAUUGAAAAAAAAA